UUAUUAAGUUUCUUCCCUCCACAUCUAUCCGAAACAAAAUUCCCUCCCUUCUUCCCUCCUUCAUUCUCUUCUCUCUUCUCUCUUCUCUCUCUAAACCCCACUUUCUCUCUCUAAAACCCUACUUCCCCCCCAAUUUCUCUCCGAUCAUUUUCCAUUUCCGUUUCCACUCCGAUUCUCCGCCGUGACCGUAAUGUCCGCUAACGCUGGACCUUCCGACCGUGGCUCGCCGAUGCCGACCGGAGCACAGAUUCGGCCGCCUUUGAAGCGUCAUCUGGCGUUUGUUUCGACCAAGCCACCGUUUGCACCGACUGAUGAGUAUCAUACUUUCGCUGCUGUUGAUUCUAGGAAAGUCGCCGAUCAUGUCAAUGAAGCCGUUAUUGUUAGAUCUCCGGUCAUAAAGCGGAAGAAUGGAAUGAAUGAAAGUGAAGGAGACUCGCAAAAGUCAAGUAACAGCCCUGGAUACAAUGCAAUGAACAGCCCCUUUAAAACUCCUUUGUCUGCAAAAGGGGGAAGGGCAAACAAGUCAAGGGCAUCCAAAGAAGGCAAAUCAUGUCCUCCAACACCUAUCUCAAAUGCUGGUUCCCCUUCCCCGCUUACUCCUGCUGGUAGCUGUCGUUAUGACAGUUCCUUAGGUCUCUUGACAAAAAAGUUCAUCCAUUUGCUCAAGCGUGCUGAGGAUGGUAUUCUUGACUUAAAUAAGGCAGCAGAAACUUUGCAGGUGCAAAAGAGGAGGAUAUAUGACAUAACUAAUGUUUUGGAAGGCAUUGGUCUCAUCGAAAAGAAUAUCAAGAACAGAAUAUAUUGGAAAGGAAUUGAAUCUUCUACGCCUGGUAAUGUGGAUGGUGAUAUCUCUUUGCUUAAGUCGGAAGUUGAUAACCUUUCUCUGGAAGAGCAGAGACUAGAUGAUCAGAUAAGGGAAAUGCAAGAAAGACUGAGAGGUUUGAGCGAAGAUGAAAACAACCAGAAGUUCCUUUUUGUGACUGAGGAAGAUAUUAAGGGCCUACCUUGCUUCCAGCAGAAUGAAACUUUGAUAGCAAUCAAAGCUCCGCAUGGAACCACCUUGGAAGUUCCUGAUCCUGAGGAAGCCGUUGACGAACUACAGCGGAGAUAUAGAAUCAUUCUAAGGAGCACAAUGGGUCCAAUUGAUGUCUACCUUAUCAGUCAAUUUGAAGAGAAAUUUGAAGAGAUUAAUGGUGCUGAGCCCCCCGCAAGCUUCCCUCUUGCUUCAAGUUCAGAGUCUAAUGAGCAACAAGCGACAGAAAUGGUACCUGCUGAAUGCAGUGGAAAGGAACUUGAACCUCAAGCUCUGCUCUCUUCUCAGACAUACUCUGAUUUAAAUGUUUCGCAAGAGUUUGCUGGGGGAAUGAUGAAGAUUGUCCCUUCAGAUGCUGAUAAUGAUGCAGAUUAUUGGCUUCUAUCAGAUGCUGAAGUUAGCAUAACAGAUAUGUGGAGAACAGAUUCUAAUGUUGAUUGGAGUGGAGUGGACAUGCUUCAUCCUGACUUUGAAAUGCUCUCGAGGCCACAAACUCCAUCGCCGGGACUUGCAGAAGCACCAUCGACUGUAGCUAACCCUAAUCAGAGAUGAUUUUGACUUGUCCGUUAUCAUUAAGUUAGAAAGUAUGGUCAUCAUCCUCUGUAUUGAGGGGAAGCUACUUCAAUAGAGUAAUUGCUAGCUAGCCUUGUGAAUGUUGAGGGUGUUGUCAGGAGCUGUUGAGUUUCAAGCUGAGAGUUCUUACUACACUUCAAGUAAAUCACCGACUCUCUCUUAGGCUUAAACGAGUUAUAGUAGACGUAAGCUUGUGGAGAAUUUAGCUUAGAAGUUAGAGAAGUUGCGAUGAGUAUUAUUACAGAAAAUGUUGCUACUGCACGAAAUGCAAGGUAGGUAGACUCGACGAUCAGUAUAUGUAUCUGGACAAGUUAUUAGCCAUAUUUGAAGUGUGGCAUAGUGGGUCAUUUUUUAUUUUUUUUUCCUUUUUGAAAAGGAGAAGCUGCUAUGCAGAUGCUGACCCCAAACAACUUCAAGGGUGCACUGGAUAUUGUUAGGACAGGACUGCCUUAUUAUUCAAUUAUCAUUCAUGCUUGUAAACAUUUCAUAAACAAUCUGCUGAUAAAAUUAUGUCAUUAUUAUCCGGAACUA